AUACUCAAGGACGCCGGGAAACGCCAGGAAACGCCACUGCGAUCUGACAAUAUUGUCAUUAUUGGAGUUUCGUGCAAUAAUUGUAUAAAUUUCCGGGCGUUUUGAAGUGUUGUCAAGUCGCACGCGGACUCUAAUGGUCCGGCGAGUACAUUCUCUGGCAGUUUAUCUUACCCCCGUGAGUUGCAACAACAAGGACUCACGAGUAAAUAGAUGUAGUGGCGCAUGGAGAGUUGCAUUUUGCACUCGAUUCGUAUACAAGUAGGAACGUACAUUAAUUUGGACAUCGAUGGGUCUCAUAGAGGCGACUCCACAGUAAUAUCUACGAGUCGGAGGAGCACGUGGCCAAAGUCUAUACAGUCCGGACCAAGAUGACCUGCUUGCAGUAAUGAAGCCAAGUGCAGCGAUAGACGAAUGGCUCCGGCGGUCCUUUCCAGAAGAACACGUGACUGGCGAUUCCACCAAUGAAACUAAAGGAAAGCGCCACGUGACCGACAAGCCGACCAAUCAGAUUCUAGUGCAAGAGAGAAACCAUUUGGCAAUAUCUCAUCGGGAUGACGAGGAACUUGUCACGAAUCGGGAAAAUUCUCCUAAGUCCAAAACUCACAAAACACGCGUGGAUAAGUUAGUGCAUAACAUUUCUAAAUUGAACAAUCUCUUUGGUGGUGAGUUUAAUUCUAAAUAUGAACAAUCGUACAUUUCAACGGUUGCUAGUUAUGACACUGGCAACUGGUCGCAAAGUCCGAUGGGCGAAAUGUUUUUCGUCAGCAAAAGGAAGCGAGGUUCUCCAACUACCAUAUCGAGCGGAUACGAAAGUGACUUCUUACCAACAUGCGAGGAUGAAAUCGACAGCCUCUUACACAGCGAGAAGGUAUUUGCCAUGAAUCUAAACAAUGAAUCCAAGGAUGCUGGGUAUCAUGAAACCAGUCAAGGAAUGGUUCCCACGAACUUUCGGGCUUGGCCUGGUAGACACGAUUUAGUUUGCCAGCAACGCUUAGAUCGGCAUAACUAUAAGUUAACUAAAGUCAAACACUCAAUGCGUGGUAUCAUAAAGGAUCUAAAAGAAACCGAUUCUUGUGAAGUGAACAAGACGCGUCGGUCGCGCUCUUUUGAUGUUUCGUCGCGGAAGAUUACAAGUGAUGAUUCAAGGGAGAAACGGAGAAAGUCGUUUAGUGAGAGCCGUCGCGGUAAACCACAAGCACAAGCGGACGGUUAUUUCGUCAUGGAGUGCUAUCAUGGCGAGCAUUGGGCCGGGAGCGGGCCUGGUUUCGAAAGUACGGCAAAUUUAGACUGUGUCACGAUGGAUGGUACUGGCCGUCGGGAAGGCAAAUCGCGCGUAUCUGGUGACAAAAUCGCAAGAGAAACGACAAGAGGUCAUCGAGAACGAAGGUCAAAAAGUCAUAAACAUAAACAAAUGCACGUAAAUGAACAAUGCAUUGAGGAAAAGCAGUGGCGAUAUCUUGCGAAUGACUCUUUGACAAUUCAGUGUGAUUCUCAUGAUCCAAUUCAAAAUUCAAGGGGACACUUUUUCAUUGGUUCACCAGUGUUAACCUCGACCCCAAGACCUGGACGUUCAAACGUUGAUCACUAUGAUGGUGAGCAUAUUUAUGAGACAAUUCCUGGUGACGAUGUUUCAGUUCCUGCUGAUCUGGCCGCACGGAUCGCGGAAGUACCACCGGAACUUCCGGCACGGAAUUAUAAGAAACAUGAAAUCGACAAACGGAAGUCACCAACUGAUGACGCCUUCAUAGCGACACCACGUGAUCUCAACAAUAACUCUGUACCGAAAUUCUGGAAUCGAUUGGACGGUGUAUCACGUGACCCACGUGAUCGAAACAAAACGAAACAAACAACGCCUAUGCUAGUUUCGGAUGCUUGUCCCUCUGGCAGGCCCCGGAAGUCACCACUGUCCGGUCGAACCCAAAGGGAGGUGCGGAAAGUAAAGUCGGUUCCUCUGGUAACAAGUACCAAACCAGAUAAAAACCGAGUUCGCGAACAAUUGGAUAUUUCGACUCUGAAGAAGAAAACGCAGACAUUUCAUGACUACACUGUUGCCGAUGUUCUUGACAGCAUCAGCAGGUUCGAAAGUGACGAACCGGUCUCUAGACCGGACUUGAUUCAGAAUAUCCCUCCGCGAGAUUGCGUUAGAACACUUCGACGAAAUGUCUGUGAUGGGUACAAGAUGGAGGGACUGUUCUACGGCGUCAGUGAUCGGUGCGGCCAAAAGGUGGCGCCACAAGCAACAUGGACGAACAAGCUUUCGGUUGGAAACGAAAUAAUUAUUUGAGAAGACGGAACCUUCUUUGGUAUCCUUCUGAUGACAUCUGUAUGACACUGAUUAACGAAAACCACGGCGCGCUCAUUCGCUUUGAGCCAACCAGAAGGCCAUAUUUUGGGAGUACCUCCUGUCCUAAUAUAAGCAGUUUCUUCUGGUUUCUUCCAAUCUUCUUCCAACCUUCUUAAGUCCGACAUCCGGUUGUGUCUCAAGUCUAUUCUGCUUUAUUUCGUGUUGAAAUGUACAUAUACUUGUACUGUAGUAUGCAUAUACAGUAUGUUUGUUGUAGUAGCUGCUUUAAACAUGUUACCAAUUUGAUGUUACUUUGAAACAAGACAGUGCAAGCUGAAAGAUAAAACUCUUUUUUUGAGCAUGCAUGGUCAAUAUUCAGGUAGUUUCAAUAGUUUUUAUUUAAAUAGUCUUCAUAUCUGACAAGCCUAAAAGUCUGGCUCUUCUUGGAUACUUGUCACCAGACACUACUAGCGAGCGAAAGGAACAGCGGAGUUGGAUGUUUCUCGCCCGCUAAUAGGUCCUGGUAUACAUGUAUUACUGAAUUCAUCCUCACUAUUUAUAACGACAAGAUUUCCUUCAAUAGGAAGUUUCUACCUAUAAUCAAAUCGACGGCAAGGAAUGCCCAAACCUGCAUUAUACAUGUACUUUCUUUUUGGUGAUACUGAUGUAAUGCAAUAAAUUUUUAAUCAUA